UAAGUCUUGAAAAUCUAUCUUUUAGGGUUAUUUUAAUUUUUAUUAGAAGUCUAUUCAUAUAAAAGAGAGAAAGUUGAGGGAGAGAGAAUUUCAAUACUUUUACGUUAGCUUGCAUCAGUCUUCUCGGGAAAAAAUUCCUCGCAAGAGUCCAAUUAUGGAGGUGACACAGCCGCAGUCCAAUGCUUCUGUUACCGCUACUCGUCAACCUCGAACAGACCCCAUCAAUGACAACAACAGAAAGAACUUCAUUGAUAUUGAUUAUUUUAAUUCUUUUCCACCCGGGUAUAGGUUUCGCCCUUUGGACGGAGAGCUUGUCGUUCAUUACUUGAAAAACAAGAUAGCCAAUCAACCCUUGCCUCCAAACAAGAUCAUGGAGGUUAAACUUUAUGAGUACAAUCCCGAGAAGCUUGCAGAGGAGUAUUGGCAAUGUGGGGAGACAGAAUGGUACUUUUUUACACCAAGGGACAAGAGAUAUCCAAAUGGAAGUAGACCAAAACGAGAUGCCGGUGGUGGAUACUGGAAGGCAACUGGAGGGGAUAAAGCUGUUAAAUAUAAGGGUGCUGUGGUUGGAUAUAGGAAGGCACUUGUUUUCUACAUGGGAAAGCCUCCAAAUGGUACAAAGACUAACUGGAUUAUGCAUGAAUAUAGGGUCAGUGAUGCCCCUCCAAGAAUCAAAACAAGUGCCGAUGAUAUGAGGUUGGAUAAUGUGGUUUUAUGCAAGAUAUAUAAGAGGGAUGCGAAAGACAAUUUGAGAAGUCGACUUUCAAAUGAGGAACAAUCUGCAGAGUUAGAUGAUCAAACUGCUGAUGUUGUUAGGGAUGUUGACAAAAAUAGCGAUCCUCCAGCCUACACAAACGCCCUUAAUGACAAUAAGCAAAUUGUUUCAAUCCCAAUCCAAGAGAAUCCAAGUGCAUUUUAUGAAGAUCCUCCUUAUGUUCCAAUCAACGAUCAUGAUCAUCACCAAGCAAUGUUAGAAGCUGCCAAUUAUCAACGAGCAAUGUUUGCAGCUGCCAACUAUGGAUCUUAUCGAACUUAUGCUACUGGUAUGACACCACCAAUGCCUGAACCUGUUCAGAUAUAUCCCCCAGAGGACAUCCAGAUACAUCCCACAGAGGACAUCCAGAUACAUCCCACAGAGGACAUCGUAUCUAAAUAUCUGAAUGAGAAUUCUUGUGAGUUCGAGCUAUCACUAUCACCGGAUGAUUGGGAUAUUAUUUCCAAUUGUCUACUAUAGUUAGUAAUUAGUUAUAUACAGUGAUUGACCAUCAUCUGAUUUGAAAUUAUUUAGUCAUUUGGUGAUCAACUUAUGUAUAGGAUGAUGAUAACUGGUUAGUUAGCAGGGAACAUCCAGUUUUGUAAAUUGAAUUUGCUAGAAUCAAUGGA